UUGGGCAAUUGUGGUUUUCCUCCCAGCCCACAGGACUCAGCCGUGACAGCCUAGCCUGAGCAUCUCGUGGCCUCAUCAGCACAGGCAUGGAGGAGAUGGUUGUGCGGCCCUCAGUGUUCGUGGUGGAUGGACAGACAGACAUCCCAAUCACGAGGCUGGGGAGCAGCCGCCAGAGACAGCGCUGCAGUGCUGUCCAGCUGGGCCUGGGCUUCUUGCUGCUACUGCUGGUGGCUGGGCUGGCUGUGCAGGGCUGGUUUCUACUGCAGCUUCACUGGCGCCUGGGGGAGAUGGCCACCCCCGUGCAGGAGAAAAAUGCUGGAGCCUGGGAGCAGCUGAUACAAGAGCGGAGAUCCCACCAGGCCAACCCAGCAGCACAUCUCACAGGAGCGAACUUCAGCUUGAGCGGCAGCGGGGGCCCACUGCUAUGGGAGACGAAGCUCGGCCUGGCCUUCCUGAGGAACCUCCGCUACCGGGACGGCGCCCUGGUGAUUGUCCGGACUGGCUACUAUUAUAUCUACUCCAAGGUGCAGCUGGGCGGCGUGGACUGCCCGCAGGGGCAGACCGGUGUCCUGCCCAUCACCCACGGCCUCUACAAGCGCACACCCCGCUACCCCAAGGAGCUGGAGCUGCUGGUCAGCCUGCAGUCACCCUGUGGGCGAGGGACCAGCCCCCGUGUUUGGUGGGACAGCAGCUUCCUGGGCGGCGUGGUGCAUCUGGACGCCGGGGAGGAGGUGGUGGUCCGCGUGCCAGAUGCGCGCCUAGUCCGACUCCGCGACGGCACCCGGUCCUACUUCGGGGCUUUCAUGGUGUGAAGGAUGGAGUGACAGUGGAAUGGAUGGGGUUCUGACCGCAGAGGUGCCUCAGGAGACAGACAACCCAACAAGCAGAGAUCUUGGAGAGUGCCGGGAGGACCCCAAGACUCAGCAGCCAGGGAGCUCAGCGGGCACCACCAGGGGCGAAGAACCCAGACAGCCCUGGAGGUUGGAGACCCAUCCGGCACCUCUGGAGAGGACUAAAGGAAACCGCAGACCCUGCCACGGACAACUCUGGAGACUUGGGGUUCUGUAGGCCCUGACACAGGGGGUAAAGCUGAUCUGCUUGAUGUUCAGGAAGAAGGGGCCAGGGGUGGGUAUUUAUACUUUUGAUUCUGAGGAAAGUGUGGUGUCAGGGUCUAGGGACUUGGCUGAGAACAGGAAACAUCACCCUCCCCAAGUGUGAGCAGGGGGGAUUUAUCAUCAGGACUCAUCCAUGUGGAGCACCCAGCCCCACCCAAGGUCAUAGUCACACUCAAGUUCCACCCACCCGCUUAUGGCCACACCUCAGCCUGGUCUCGAAAAGUUGUGCUCAGAGACACAGGCCCAGGGACGUGUUUGACAGCCAGCCAGCUCUCCCAGGAGGGGACAGGCUUGGCAGCGUUUCCCCAUUUUGUGGUGUAAAUGCUCCCACCACGCCUGGCGGUCUGGCACUGCUAAGCAUUCAUACCCCACUAGGGACACCACCGCUGUGUUUCAGCACCCAGGCCAGGGCCUGGCACACAGUGGGCACUUGGGAAGUGUAUGAAGAAGGAAAGGAGGGAGGGAGGGAGGGAGGAAGGAAGGAAACAGACACACCUACAGCAUCACAGAGAAUCACACAGCUCCACAAUCUCACUCUCACAACCACAGACUCAAGCACACAAAGCAUCAGAUUCUCAUACAACCACGUAUGUCAUAGACAACAUCGCAAAGACUCGGUCACAGACACUGCGUGACACUUACGACGAUCACAACCUGAGUCACUCACAAGGGCCAUACAUUCACAUAUGUGAUCAUCACAUCAGACUUCCACAUGUCACGUCACAGUCAGGCCCAUCACAUGUAAACAGCAUCACGAUGACAAACACACAACACACACACAUACACACAGCGAAGAUGAACACGUCCUGGGGUGAGGACCAGACUUCGUCCAUAACCCUGGGCCCCUGACCACUGGUCUUAGAAUAAACGGCAAAUGUUGCACCUGGGUCUGUCUAGUUCUUAGGGGAAGGGUGACUUGUAGAGACAGAGAAAUAGACGGAAUGACACACAGAGGUCACUUUAUGGAUCAGAAAUCUGAACCCAGCUGGCUCAACUGCAUGCAGGAAGCUUGGGGCAAAGCAGAGACCUCAUGCCGGAAUCUGCCUUUCCUUCAAAUCCACAAUUCCUGAGGAAGUGGAGGCUCCAAUCUGCCAAGCACCCUUGUUGCAGACACCGGUACAGAGUGGCAGUCUGGAAGCUUGGUGUAACUGGCCCAUGGGAAGAAUGUGUAGGGAGGGGCAGAUAAUGAAAUGCAUACCAAUCAGAUGGUCUGUGCAAAUGAAUGCACUUUAGUGUGGCUGGAGGGAAGUCUUUCCUUCCAGGAGCCUAG